AUGAAACCUAUUUCUUUGGAUUAGAGCUAAACAAAAAUAAAAAUUUAAUAGCAAGUUAUUACAAUCCCUGAUGUUCCAUGUUAAAGACAUGCAAAGGAAUAGUUAGUAUCUGUGUGUACUUAAGGAUAAUGUAGAGAAAAAGGUGCAAUUUGCCCAUUGUGUUAAGUGAAUUAUCAUCAUAUGCAUUUGGAAGAUACUUGGAAUCUGAAUUAUUUUGUAUAAUAAAUUCAUAAAUAAAUUGAAAGUCUAUAGCCAGAUUAUAAAGCUAUUAAUGAAUUACUAAUAAGUUUUAAGUUAAAAAUAAGUGAAGUAAAGAAUUUAUUAAGAAUUAGUCUAUAAAAUCGUUAAUUUUGUAAUUGGAAAUUAUUGAUAAACAAGUGAAUAUGAUUCUAUAAAAAUCAAAGCAAAAAAUAGAUUUUGAUAUAGAUGAAAUAAAAACAACAUUGAAGAAUUUAGGGAAGACAAGUUAGAUUGAUAAUUUUGGAAAGAAAAGUAAGUUUAUAUAAAUAUAUAAAGUUGUAAAAUUGACUUAAUAUUUUGGUAUAGAUCCUAAAACUCAUGUAGUAUAUAGAACGAAAGAUUAUGAAGAUUUAUAGAUAUAGAAAAUGACAGAUUUAAUAGAGGAAAAUUAAUAAUAUUUUGNAUUCAUUUUUAUAAAAACUAUGCUUAUAUCCUAAUAUAUAUUCUUUACAAAAUCAGAAGUUUCUUAUUCUAAUUAAUUUAUUCCUUUUAAUUUCAUUCAUUCUUUAUAACAGAAUAGUAUAAGUGUUUUUUUUAUAUAAUUAAUCAAACCUAAAUCAUUAAUUUGGUUUCUAUCUGAUAGAGAUUUCAUUAAAAUAAAAAAUAAAAAAUGGAAUACCCAAUAAAUUUUUUUUCAAAACUCACUAAAUAAUAACUUUUCUUUAGUCUGA